UUCUUCCUUAUUUCUCGUUGAACAUUUCUCGGAGUUAGUCAUUUAUGCUGUUUACUGAGUCGUGACUGUUUCACCUGUGAAGUGAACGUCGGUUUAUCGUGUCCGGUUUGGCUGUAAUGCAGGUGUGUUUUUUUUAAUAGUAAUUGAAGCACUGGAAGUUUUAUCUGGAAAGCACGGCAUGAUUUUUUCCAUGUUGGAAAUGACUUCGUUCUGGAACACAACGAGUGCGUUUUGAAACAGAUCCUUAACAUGCUGUGCUGUGCAGUGUGGUAUGCUGAUGCAUGUCUGUGUGUUUAAAGAAUGAAUGACACAAACGGCAAGACGACAAGCUGCCAGGAUGAAUCAGUUUGCACUUUGCAAAUUUACCCCAGGUUGUCCGUCAAACCUGGCCAAAGCUGCAACCUUAGCGUCCCAAAAGCGGCAACGGCAGCCACUGUCAUCAAGACUGCUCUUUCCACACUUGGCUUAGACGCAUCCAAGACUUACGUGCUCGUGGAGGUUCAGGAGUAUGGUGGAGAGGAGUGGGUCCUUCAAGCCAACGAUCAGCCUGUUCAAAGAGUCCUUCUCUGGCCUAGAAAGGCCCAGGACAAGCACCCUCAAAGUGACGGAUACUUUUUCGCCCUUCAAGAGGGAAGCUACGAUGGAUCCAUCCAGUAUGAUGUUAUGACAUCUGUCCGGCAAGAGAAAGUAGUUCAGGGACUUGUGAAUCGGGGUUUUGUCCCACAGCGGCCUCAGGAAUACAACGAUUUAUGUAACCUCCCCGAGCUGACGGAGGAAAGCAUCUUGGGAACCCUGCGGCAUCGCUUCCACAAGCAGAAGAUCUACACGUUUGCGAGCAACAUUCUUAUUGCAGUCAAUCCCUUCAAGUUUCUACCCAUCUACAAUCCCAGAUAUGUCAAGAUGUAUGAGAACCACACGCUGGGCAAGCUAGAACCUCACGUCUUUGCCAUUGCGGAUGCUGCCUUCCACACAAUGCUGAACAAACGGGUCGACCAGUGCAUUGUCAUCUCCGGUGAGAGUGGUUCUGGUAAAACGCAAAGCACCAACUUUCUAAUCCACUGCCUGACUGCCCUCAGCCAGAAGGGCUAUACUAGUGGAGUGGAGCGAACCAUUCUGGGGGCAGGUCCUGUGCUUGAGGCCUUUGGAAAUGCUAAAACAGCAUACAACAACAACUCAAGUCGCUUUGGAAAGUUCAUACAAGUGAAUUAUCUGGAGAGCGGUGUUGUGAGAGGGGCUGUUGUUGAGAAAUACUUACUGGAGAAAUGCCGCCUAGUGUCCAGAGGAAAAACUGAAAGGAAUUACCAUGUUUUUUACUACCUUUUGAUUGGAGCCUCAGACGAGGAGAAAGAUGAGUUCAAGCUCCUGUAUCCUGAUCAGUACCACUACCUCAAAGAAGAAACCCCAAUUUUGGAGGAUCAAGCAGAAAUGAAACAUGAAUUCAGGAGACUUCAUCAGGCCAUGGAGAUGGUUGGUUUUCUGUCAUCAACCAAAAAGCAGAUAUUCUCUGUACUCUCUGCCAUUCUGUAUCUGGGAAAUGUGACGUAUGAACCAAAGGAUGUUGGCGAGGGGCUUAAAGUUGGGCCUGAUCAUGUCCUUUCUGCUAUCUCUGACCUGCUCAAGGUUAAAGUGGAGCUGCUUGUGGAAGCACUGACUACAAGGAAAGCAAUGACUGCUAAUGACACGCUGAUCCUGCCUUAUAGCCUCAGUGAGGCCAUCACUGCCAGAGACUCUAUGGCCAAGUCUCUGUACAGUGCCCUGUUUGACUGGAUUGUCCUGCGAAUCAACCAUGCUCUACUCAACAAGAGAGAUUUGGAGGAGUCUGUUCCAUGCUUAUCCAUUGGUGUUCUGGACAUUUUUGGAUUUGAAGAUUUCAAGACAAACAGCUUUGAACAAUUCUGCAUUAAUUAUGCCAAUGAACAACUACAGUAUUAUUGCAAUCAGCACAUAUUUACGCUUGAACAAGAGGAGUACGGGGCAGAAGGAAUUACAUGGCACAAUAUUGACUAUCCUGACAACAUUGGCUGCAUCAGUCUUUUCAGCAAGAAACCCACCGGGCUGUUUUACCUGCUGGAUGAGGAGAGCAAUUUUCCUCGAGCCACAGAUAUCACUCUAUUAGAGAAGUUUAAGCAGCAGCACCAGGAUAGUCCCUUCUUUGUGCAAACCCCAGUGCGGGAACCAGCUUUUGUUAUCCAGCAUUUUGCUGGCAAGGUCAAAUACCAGAUAAAGGACUUCAGAGAGAAGAACACGGAUCACAUGAGGCCCGAUAUUAUUGCGUUGCUUCGUAGUAGUGAGUGCAGUUACCUGCGGCAGUUGAUUGGGGCUAAUCCGGUGGCUGUGUUCAGGUGGGGCAUCCUUAGGGCCACUAUACGUACACUGGCUGUGUUUAAUGAGGCUGGGCGAAACUGGGCGAUAAAGCAUCCAGAUCAGGUCAGGCGCUACUCCAGACUCUCUCUUGGGGAAAUGAGGAGACCCAGCACUAUUGUAGAAAGUCUAAAGAGCCAGGGGUCUUUGAUUGACUUUUCUUUUGAUCGGUCUGAAGAGGGACCACUCGAAGCAUUUGAGGACAUUUUUGCAUCAUUUGAAAAUAAGAAGAAGAACAGGCCAAACAGACACAAGCAGCUAAUUCCUAAGAAUCUCCUAGAUUCACAGUCUCUGAAGUUCAUUAUGGGCCUGACGCAGCACAACCGGGCAGCCAGGUCCCUGCUGCAUUUGCACACCAAGAAGAAACCUCCAAGCAUCAGCGCUCAGUUCCAGGCAUCUCUAAGCAAGCUGUUGGAGACCCUGAGGAAAGCAGAACCGUUCUUUGUUCGCUGUAUCAGAUCAAAUGGUGGAAAGAAGGAAAUGCACUUUGAUGAUGCUCUAGUCCUUCAGCAGCUGAGAUACACAGGCAUGCUACAAACGGUUCGGAUAAGGAGGUCUGGGUAUGGAGCCAAAUUCACCUUCAAGGAGUUUACAGACCAGUUCAGAGUGCUGCUGCCAAAGGAAAUAUCAACACCUCAACAGGAUAUCACCAACCUGCUAACCAAGAUGGGUUUACCCAAAUCUAGUUUUCAGAUUGGCCGAACCAAGGUGUUCUUGAAAGAGUCAGAAAGACAAAUCCUUCAAGAAACCCUUCAUAAAGAAGUGAUGAGGCGUAUCAUCAUCCUGCAGAGAUGGUUCCGUGCCUGUUUGAUGAGGAAACAAUAUUUGCGUGAGAGAGAAGGAAUUAUAACCAUACAGCGAUCAUGGCGUUAUCUGCGUCAGACAUACAGAUUGAGAGCCGCUAUUAUAAUCCAGACUGCAUGGCGAAGGUCCAGAGAGAAAGUUGAAUAUCUAAAGCAUCAAGACAAAGCACAGACACCUCAGGCAGAGUUGGGCCAUUUGAACAGGACUGAGGAAAAGAAGCCAAGUCAGACAAAGCCACAGCCUCCACUGCCUGACAAAUCCCGCACACCUGAACAAAAGAAAACAGAGGAACUGAGCCCACAGUCAAACACAGAGACCAAGCCUACGAUCACAGUACAACCUGCUAGAAUCAAAAAGCAACUCAGCAUCAAUGAGGACCGAGCUGUCCAAGGUGAUAAAGGCAAGAUUGGUAAUAAAGAAAAAACACCAUCUCCUACAGGCCUUCCUCGGCCUGUGUCGCUUCCAGUGAACAUGAGCCAAAGUGCUUCUGAUGAAACUCAAAAUGCUAUACACCUACAACGACACAACAGAACAACAAGGCUGAAGGAGAAGCCCGAGAAAUGGAAGGAGAGGAGCAGUGAAGCAGCACAUAUAGAGAACCUCAGGCCUGAGAUACUUCGACUUCAGAGUCAGAGAAAAUCAGGUUUACGGAAAUGUGGCAUUUCCCAGUCCCUGGAUAAUGUGUCCAGAAUGAGUUCUUCAGAGUCAGACAGCUCAGCCUCAUCAUCCAGAAAUGAGGAUAUGGUUCACAUCCGUAAGCGCUUCAGACACAAACGUCGACUAGCACGUCCCCGCAGCGGGCUGAAGUGGGAUCAUAUGGAUCUAAGUGAUACGGAGUACUGGAGUUUUCCCCUUCCUCCCAUAAGCCCCUCCGCUCCCAACCAGUCCAGUAUCCACGUGGAACUGGAGACUGUGAUCCAGUCACCUAUAGAAACUGAUUCAUGCUUUAGUAUAAACAGGAGGACAAGUGAAGAAGUAAUUGCACCAUCCAACACACCAGAAAGGCGGGGAUUCUUAAAAUAUUUUAAGAAGCGUCUGACACCCCAGGAUGGGAACAUAUGUAUGGCAAAGACAUUGGCAGAAAAAGAGGAACUAGCCAGUGGCUCUCACUCUUAUUCUUAUGUGAAGAGCUCAGCCACUUUUCCCGGACCCCGUCGCAACCCCACCAUUAAAAUUAGCCGAGCUACUCGUGUCCAGGAGAAAUGGAAUGCUUCGCUGGACAGAGAAAUCACUAACAGUAAUGAACUUCGCCAUUUGGAUGAGUUCUUGGGUAAUCAGAUGAACGAUCUAAGCACCCGCACAAAGGAACUCUCAGAAACGGAGAAAAUCUUCUUUUUAGCCACCACACAGUUCAGGGACACCAUCAAAAGCAUGUACUCCAUAACAAAUCCCAAUAUUGGCUAUAAGACCCUGAUGUCAGGUUACCAGGCGAAGGUAUCCAGUCUCGCAGGACUGAAGAAGGCGUCUGAGGUGCCGUUGGUGGUAAAUCUUUUUCAGUCAGUUCUGGAUGGAUUUAUCAGGGGAGAACUCAAACGAAUGGACUCAGAGCCUUGUAAGGUUAAGGAGAGGAAUAGAAGAAAAUCUAAAAGAGAUAUAUGCGCUGACAGCCCACUGGGUCACUUAUUUAGCACAUACCAGGUGACCAUUAUGCAAUCAUGUGACCAGUGCAACUCAUUCAUAUGGGGAAUGGAAAAGGCCUUCAUGUGCACUUCUUGCAAAAUUGUAUGUCAUAAGAAGUGUCUGAGCAAGAUAACAAUACAUUGCACAGGUCACUGUAACAGGAAGAAAGAGGGCGAGCAGACCCUCCACUUUGGUGUACCUGUCGGUGUCCUGGUACACACAGCUGACUCUGUACCAUUCGUCAUGGAGAAGAUGCUGGUUCAUGUGGAAAUGAACGGACUGUACAUGGAGGGCAUCUACCUCAAGUCAGGCUCAGCCUGCCGAGCCAAAGAGCUUCAUCACUUACUAGAGAAAGAUCCGCAGGCUGUCAGUUUUGACAAUUACCCUAUACACACAAUCACCGGUCUGGUCAAACAGUGGUUACGGGAGCUACCCGACCCACUUAUGACAUACAGCCUCUACAAUGACUUCCUGUAUGCCGUGGAUCUGCCAGAAGCGUCUGAGAGGUUGCGCGCUAUCUACCGAAAGUUGGACGAACUACCUCCCCCAAACUUCGCUACUCUCGAGAGGCUUAUUUUUCAUCUUGUGAAAGUGGCAAAAGAGGAAGAUCACAAUCGAAUGUCCUCUAGCGCUCUGGCUAUCGUGUUUGCGCCCUGCAUUCUACGCUGCCCAGAUUCUUCUGACCCACUUCUCAGUAUGAAAGAUAUAAACAAGACCACUCUUUGUGUGGAGAUUCUGAUUAAUGAGCAAAAAAGGUGCUAUAAUCAGAAAAUGGAAGAAAUUCAGCAGUUGGAGAAUGCAGAAGCUAAAGCAGUUAAACAGCUCAAACUUAGAAGGCAGAACACGAUAUCUCAGCGGCAAGAAGAAGUUUCCGACCUUGAGAUUGAAAAGGACCUGCUUGAGAGAAUCAGGUCCAUCAAGAAGGAAAAGAGCAAUUUGGCCUACAGAUUGCCUGAGUUUGACCAGGAUAGCUCCGAUGCUGAGAACGUGGAUUCUGAAUCAUUAGUCAGCUCUGAUAGUCUACUGGAAGACCAUUGUGUGAGUUUGGACUCGGAAGCAAACACUGCCUUGAACAGCUCUAAGCCGGAAAAACCUGCUAAACCACCUGAUCCAACACACUAUCCCAAAAUGCAGAGCAAACAGCCUACUGGGGAACGGAACCAAAGCCACUCCGCCUCCCGCCGAGAAGGAGUCCAGUCCAUGUGUGUCACCCAGAGCCAAGGCGCUGCAGAAUCCCUCACCGCCUCUGUUUCUUCAGGCAAUCGGGGCAAGAGACUGUUUUCAGACCUUGACAUUCCUUUUAUAGAUGAGGAUGUUUGACAUUAAGUUGCACCAAAAAGAGCAUAUUCUAUGCAAAUUUUUGUCUUUCCUGCAACAGUCAGUAUCCCCUUUCUGAUUAUAUCAGCGCUCACUUUGAAUAAAUCAAAUGCUAGGUUCAUGCAAGUGAUCUUAUAGCAUGUUGUGUUUGUAGAAUAUAUUUGUAAAACAAGUGUUUUUUUUUUUUUUUUUUUUUUUUAAGCCAUAAUUAUUUUGUGUUUUGUUUUGCUUGGAUUAUUUAAGCAUUCUUUCUAAUCUUGGCAACAUUUUGAUUGUUCAACAAAUGUUAUUAACAAUUUCUUUUUAUUUUGUCAUAGUUCUUCAUUUUGCACGAAAACUAUAGAGGACUUAAUUAUUCUGUUGAGUAUUCUGUAAAAAAAAAAAUUACUGAAUGUGGUGUAAAUAGUUCUUAAAAAUUAGUGCUUUCUCAAUUAAAUCAAAUCUGAUGAUUUUUUAUAUAUUCUUUUUUUUUUUUUUUUUUUAAAGAUGAGAUGUUCUUCCAUGCCUGUGUGAAGUGCACUGUCGAAGUUGCUGCAAGAUUAUAUAUAUAUGCACAGUUAUACACUGCAGAUUUUAAAAUGUUCUCUUAUCAGCAGUCAAAUUGCAUUUGUUUUAAGGAGAAAUCUGUGAAAAAAAAGUGUCAUAAAGGCAUAUGUUUUAUGCUGUAAGGGUAGUAUUCAUAUAUUCCAUUCUAAUGAGGAGAAAUGGUUACAACAGGUGUGUCACAAUGCUGCAGAUUGUAAACUAAAACACAUCUUGACUGUAAAUGGUUUUAUUAUGUUAUGGAAAUUGAAAUCAAAUGAUUAAAUUUUUGCUUUUGCCAUUUUAAGAAAUCCAAUAUAAAUAUCCAACAAAA